AUGCUGACUCGCGCUCAGAAGGACAACCUCGCGCGCAUCAGGGACAACCAGCGCCGCUCGCGCGCCCGCAGGAAAGAGUACCUCCAGGAGCUCGAGUCCAAGUACCGUUCCUGCGAGCAGAUGGGCGUGCAGGCAUCUGCCGAAAUCCAGGCCGCUGCCAAGCGUGUCCUUGACGAGAACCGCCGCCUGCGCGCUCUGUUGCGCCAGGUGGGCGUGUCCGACGCCGACAUCGACAGCUUCAACCCCCCCAGCCUCCCGUCUCCCAGCCUCCCGUCUCCUUCGGCUUCCGCAGACGCCCUGGACUCGAUGCUCCGCGCCCCUCGCCCAUGCAAUCCCGGCCCCGUCUCCGCCUGCCCAAGCAGGAGCAGCUGUGAGAGCAGCAGGAGCCCCGCUUCACAAGGCCCCACCUCGACGCCGCUGUCGACCGCCGGCUUGGAACCGCCUGCUCUACCGCCUCAGAUGCAGCCUUCUCUGCGUUCCUACUCCAGCGCAACCAGUUCAAGCUCGGCCUUCGACACGCCUCCUGCUGCCGAAUCUCCCGUGGUCCCAAUACCAUCUGCGCCACCCUUUCCCAUCAGCGCGCUUGCAGACUCAGCAUGUGCUUACGACCCUCCGUACAACACUUACUACGGCGUUCCUAACCUAGGCAACUGGACAUGGCCUGCCGCUGACGACAUGCCUCACAACCCUGCCCAGCACAUGCCCAACUCAUCGUCCUGCCUUCACGCCGCCCAUCUCAUCCGGAGCAUGCGAAGCGACGUUGGGCCUGAGCUGGAGCAAGACAUGGGUUGUACCGGCCAUGGCCAAGACUGUAAAGUUGACAACACUGUCGUCUUCGACCUUGUUGACAAGUACUCCAUGCGGGGCUUAUGA